AUGAGCAGCCACCUCAGCGAUGAGAUAUCGUCCAAGCUACAAGGCACCGCCAAGGUCGCCCUUGAUUCUCUCUCAUUCGACCCGCUAGAUCAGCCUGAUAGGGAUAACGUGGAGCGCCUUGUCAAGAUGUUUCGCAUAGAAGGCUGCAACCGCCUCAAUCCACUACACUUUGUCUCAGGGACUGUAUCGGCAGAUGUUCUCCAGACCUCGUUAGCAUACUCCAACUUGACAGCGGAUGACUUGCGAGCCCCAACGCCACCCACUCUACGCCUGCCUCCUGGCGCUCUGAUUGAGUGUCUUCACGGCAAGCAUCGUGUCACGGCUCUGAGGGAGUCCAAAUGCUUCUAUCCCUGGUGGCCGGUCAGGUUGUACGUCGGAUCCGCCCUCCGGAUAGUUCUUGAAAUACCAGGACAGCGGAAGGGUUUCAAACUUGGUGUCUGGAACAUAAUUGUACCUGAGAGGUGCGAUGAGGAGAUUGUGCAUUACCUUCAACUCAUUUAUGACACCUUUGUAUUCAUCAUGGGGUCCGAGGAUGCAUUGAAAUUCGUUGAUGAUGAGGGAGUUCAAGAGCUUGAGCUGCGCGCCCCAGGCAUGUCAAUUCGCGACGAUCUUCACACGGCCGACGCCAUUCGGAAAACCCGAAUACUCAGGGGCUUGGAUGACGAACCGGCAAGGGAACAAGUUAUACGACGACUCGCAAAGGUCGAGUACUUGAUUCCAACCGUCCACACCUUACAGAGGGACUUUUAUUACUUGAAGCAAUGCACCGGCGUCAUGAAGAGACUGAUAGCGGGCAAACGCCGCCUUCCGGUGACAGUUCAGUCCCUGGCUUGGAAUGCGUACACCCCAAACACAGCCUCGCCCUUCGACACCGAAUCCGAAUUCCUUGGAAGGCUCAAGCGGCUUUACCUCCACAUCAUGCAGGACGUUGUUGAACUCUCCGGGGAAAACCCGCUGAUGGAAGAGGAUGAAGAGAAGCCUGAGCAUCGUCAGUGCGACGAAAGAGCCUGGGUCGAGCUGGCCAGCCGAGCUCGAGAGAUGGGGUUUGCUUCCGACGAGAUUUCUCGCUUAUGUUCCGUGGAUCCAGAUCGAGAAGCAGUCGCCAAGUUCUUACUAUCCGUCCGGCCGCCUGAACGCUUUGGCUAUGGAGAAAAGUUCGAUAGGCUAAUAGGGGCUGUAGUCGGCAUUGUCAACGAAGCACAGCCAUUUCAGGGCGAGCUAGCUCGUCCGGCGCUAACCACAAAUCAUGUAGGGGAACCGGUAGCCAGGCGGUGCGGCCGUCAGUUCUCCAGAGCCUAUGCUCACGACCGCCAUUUCUUGACUCCAUACUGGUUCACCUGCAAAACGCAGAAGAGCGCCGAUAUCACGUCCUUGUUCGUGCGUCGAUCCGUUUUUCAUGCCUUUUGGGGCUUCCACGACAAUCCAGAGGAGGAGCCUCGCGAAGAUGACAUGCCAGACAUACCAGAGGACGAUUCAGUCAUUGGCGACCCGCAUCAGUCGACAAAACCUUCCGUACCUACUGUCCCUGAGGAUGACGAGAUGAGAGACGCGCCGGCUUUUUCGAGGUCCGGACAGCGGAAACGUCCACGGAAAGCGACAGAGCAUAAGAAACAACAGCGGAUGCGAAAGCGAGACCUACAAGUCAGCCGACCAGCCCCAAGGGGGGAUGUUCUCACGAAUCGGAGCUCGGCGCUAACCACAUUCAUCCCACCUGAGCCCCCAGCGCUGCGAGCGGAGCAGGGAGACGAGCAUUACCAGGUCCUACAACCGGACAACCGAGAGAUGAGGAUUCUCAUUCGAAAUGAUAGUGGCUGGGUCGAUGCAAGACGAUGUCGCCGGCGGUCUAUCAUUGAGGGAAUUGACGAGACUAUAGCCGCGGUAAUUAUCGAGCCACCCUGUAAGAUACAAAGCGCCAUACCCAUUCCAUCGCCGGGAAUUUUGCAAUGGAAGGUCCCCAGAGCUUGGCGCGCCCGGCUUGUUCAGAGUAUUUCGCGAAGUUCAACCGGUGCCGAAGAGCGGCCGGUGCCGCUCCGAAGGCGUUUCUCCGUCAAGCAAUCCAAAGAGGAGACCGAGGCGAAGUUUGUGCCGGUACUCCUCGGGUCACCUGGGCAGCACUACGGAAGUAGGUACUGCCUGCAAUUCGGCUCUUCCGUCGCCGUUGUCACGUCGACCGCAUCAAGGCUGCCUCUGAUGAUCCGGCUCUACACCUGCCCGCAGGCGGGCUACUUCCUCGUUUCUGAGUUUCUGCCCAUCACCCUCCAGCAUUUCUGCAAGGCACCGAUCUACCCCACCGAGCCGCAGCUCAGUUCCAUCCUGCACCAGGUCCUGACCGGUAUCGACUUUCUGCUUGGUAGCGGCCUGGUCCAUGAGCAGGUAUCGGCGGCUAACCUGCUAGUGAGCUACGACGGGAAGAUUAAGAUCUGUGACGUAGAGCGUUAUAGCUCGGGCGGCAAUGUAUCGAAGCUUUUGGAAUCGUUCACCAGAUUGAUGAUGAAGCUUAUGGACAAAGAGAAGCUGGAGGAUGCGGUGGCUGGCCUAACUCGUCCUGAUCGUUGGUCUCACGAGGCCAUUUACAUGUUCACGGAGGCCGUUUCAAAGCCUCCUGUCAAACAGCUGCUGGAGCAUCCCUUCCUGCGCAAGAGAGAGCAGGGAGUCUUCGAAUGGCUCGUCUACUUUGUCCUUCAAAGCGCACCAUCCUCCUGA